AUGGUUCUUAAAGAAGUUGCCAAGCCCAAAUCUCCACAAAGUGAGAAAAGAAUACAAAAAAAUGAUCAGGAUGCCGUGCAAUAUAAUGAUGUGCGUGUCAAUUUCACUGAAGAGGAAUGGGCAUUCCUGGAUCCUUCACAGGAAUAUCUCGAUGAAGAUGCAUUGCUGGAGACAUAUAUGAACCUCACUGGAAUAGAAUUAAAGUGGGAAGAUCUUGAAUUUGAAGAACAUUGUCAAAGUUUUCAAAGUCAUGAAAGGAAUGAAAGAACACAUACUGGAGAGAAUCCUUAUGAAUGUAAGGAAUAUGGUAAAGCUCUUAAUCAAAACAGUGUUCUUCAAAGUCAUGAAAGAACACAUACUGGAGAGAAACCUUAUGAAUGUAAGGAAUAUGGUAAAGCUCUUAAUCAAAACAGUGUUCUUCAAAGUCAUGAAAGAACACAUACUGGAGAGAAAUCAUAUAAAUGUAACCAAUGUAGUAAGGUCUUUGCACGUCGCAAUCACCUUCUAAGGCAUACAAGAACACACACUGGAGAGAAACCCUAUGAAUGUAAUCAGUGUGGAAAAGCCUUUGCUCAAAACAGUAUUCUUCAAAGUCAUGAAAGAACACAUAAAGGAGAGAAACCAUAUGAAUGUAAUCAGUGUAGUAAAGCCUUUAUACGACACAGUCAUCUUCAAAGGCAUAAAAGAACACAUACUAGAGAGAAACCCUUUGAAUGUAAGGAAUGUGGUAAAGCCUUUGCUCAAAAGAGUGUUCUUCAAAUUCAUGAAAGAACACAUACUGGAGAGAAACCUUAUGAAUGUAAUCAAUGUAGUAAAGCCUUUAUACGACACAGUCAUCUUCAAAGGCAUAAAAGAACACAUACUAGAGAGAAACCCUUUGAAUGUAAGGAAUGUGGUAAAGCCUUUGCUCAAAAGAGUGUUCUUCAAAUUCAUGAAAGAACACAUACUGGAGAGAAAUCAUAUGAAUGUAAUCAAUGUAAUAAAGCCUUUGUACGUCACAAUCAUCUUCAAAGGCAUAAAAGAACACAUACUGGAGAAAAACCUUAUGAAUGUAAUCAGUGUGGCAAAGCCUUUGCUCAAAACAGUGUUCUUCAAAUUCAUGAAAAAACACAUACUGGAGAGAAACCAUAUCAAUGUAAUCAAUGUGAUAAAGCCUUUUUACGUCACAAUCAUCUUCAAAGGCAUAAAAGAACACAUACUGGAGAGAAACCCUUUGAAUGUAAGGAAUGUGGUAAAGCCUUUGCUCAAAACAGUGUUCUUCAAAUUCAUGAAAGAACACAUACUGGAGAGAAAUCGUAUGAAUGUAAUCAAUGUAGUAAAGCCUUUGUACGUCACAAUCAUCUUCAAAGGCAUAAAAGAACACAUACUGGAGAAAAACCUUAUGAAUGUAAUCAGUGUGGCAAAGCCUUUGCUCAAAACAGUGUUCUUCAAAGUCAUGAAAAAACACAUACUGGAGAGAAACCCUUUGAAUGUAAGGAAUGUGGUAAAGCCUUUGCUCGAAACAGUGUUCUUCAAAGUCAUGAAAGAACACAUACUGGAGAGAAACCCUAUGAGUUAAUGAAGCUGCUGAUAUUCUGA